CGGCACGGGAUACGCAUGCCCGGACUUUUUUCCCUGAUACCAAUCAGCAUCGGUUCUUUGUCCAAAACGACUCACGACCUUUUCUUUGUGUCUCUUUUUUCUGAUCGACUCCCUAGUACAAGAACCUUGUUUCUAUCUUCCGUCUGACUUGACCUGCAUUCCAGGUAGACAAGAUGGAUUUGCAGGCUCUCGCUGAUUUGUUCGCCACCACAUACAAUGCCGACCCCAACGUCCAAAAAGCCGGAGAACUCCAGAUCCGUAAGAUCGGUGCCCAAGAAGGCGUGAUUUCCGCCCUCCUGGAAAUCAUCGCAUCUGAUAAGGUCGAUCUGGCCACUCGUCAGGCGUGUUCUGUUUACCUAAAGAACCGCGUCCAUACUUCCUACUUCAUCGAACCGUCGCGUCAGCGACCCGAACAAACCCCCAUCGCACAGUCUGAUCGGGAUGCUCUGAAAUCGUCCAUCCUCCGUCUCUUAGCUGCAUCACCGUCGCGCGCUAUUACCUUGCAGCUAGCAGCGACACUCAAAAGUUUGAUACUUUAUGACUUCCCAGACACGUGGGCAGAUUUGCUUGAGAACGUGAAAGCACUCUUGAACAGUGGAGAUAUCCGCGAAGUUGGCGCGGGAUGUGUUGCUGCUUUGGAAUGUGUUCGUGCAUUCAGAUACACCCAAAGAAAAAGUAUCCUCCCUCAUGUCGUGGAACAACUGUUCCCGACUCUUGUUACAAUCGCUACGGGCAUGCUUAACACUCCACCGAGCUCUGCCCAGGAGAUCCCAACGAUGCUGCACCUUAUUUUGAAGACAUACAAGUCGUCCAUCUUCGUCAACUUGAGUGCCCAUCAACAGAGCCCAGAGUCGCUAGUUCCAUGGGGAAGACUCUUCUUCCAGAUAGUCAACCUGAAUAUUCCCCCAGAGGUUGUUCCCACAGACGAAGUAGAACGAGAACGCUGCGAGUGGUGGAAAGCAAAAAAGUGGACAUUUGCUACGCUCGGAAGACUGUUCCACAGGUUCGGAAAUCCUUCCCAACUUCCAUCUCCAAUGAAAAAAGAAUACGCAGCAUUUUCCCAACAUUUCGUGACUUCGUUCGCUCCGGAGAUCUUCCAGCUAUACUUGGUGCAAAUCAAUCUUUAUACCUCUGGACAGGCGUGGUUGUCGAAGAAGUGUUUGUACCACAUUCUCUCCUUCUACACUGAAUGCAUCAAGCCAAAGUCGACUUGGACCUUACUGAAACCACAAAUAAUGACACUUGUCAGCAGAGUUGUCUAUCCCCAGCUCUGCUUCAACCACUUGAAGCAGGAGCUAUGGGAAUCGGAUCCCGUUGAGUAUGUCCGAGCCUCCAUUGAUGAAUGCGAAAAUUUCUCCUCCCCAGUGUCUGCAGCGGUAUCAUUCAUCUUGUCCCUUGCUAGCAACAGAACGAAAACAGCAUUCCGACCGACGCUCGACUUUAUUUACAGCGUUCUGAGCUCCAACCCUUCUCCUCCCGAGAAAUUCGGCGCGCUGAGCAUGGCAGCCGUUCUCGGUCCGUUCAUGAUGAGGCAUCCAGAUGUGAGGGGAAACAUGGAGCAAUUUAUGGUGCAGUAUGUCCUCCCAGCGUUCAGCGCGGAGCCAUACUUGCGAAGCAUCGCAUGCGACGUUCUCGGUACUGUGGUUAAGAAUGGCAUGCAAUGGGCCAAUAACGAGAAUCUUGAGAGCCACUCGCGUGCAGUAGCCAUUGCACUUGAUGACCCGGAACUUCCUGUCCGCGUUCAGGCUGCUUUGGCCCUUACCAAGAUGGCGGAAGCCUAUGACUUUGUUCGAGACGCCAUUGCCCCGCAAGUCGGGAAAGUCAUUCAAGAUCUCUUGAAACUUUCUGACGAAACCGACCUGGAUGUUCUCAACAAUUCCAUGGAGGCUAUGGUUGAACGCUUCCAGGACGAGCUGCUCCCAGUGGCGACACAGUUAACCGGAAGACUGUGCGAGUCUUAUAUGCGUCUUGCGCGGGAGGGUCUCGCACAACAACAGAGUGAAGUAGUUCCUGAUAGCAUCGAUGUCGACUCCUUGUUAUCCGAUGCAGAAGACGACAAGGUCUACGGAGCUAUGGGUGUUGCGAAGACCAUUGGCACAGUUGUGUCUGCGAUCGAAUCCGCUCCCGAUACUUUGACGCAAGUUCAAGAAGUUAUAAUUCCGAUCAUCCGCUUCACACUCGAGAACAAACUCAUUGAAUUAUUCGACAACAUGUUCGAUCUCGUGGACAGUCUCACAUUCAGGACCCACUCCAUCUCGCCUAACAUGUGGCCCAUCUUCGAGCUGAUCUACGAAUUGUUCAAGUCUGAUGCAGUCGAUUUCUUAGACGAGAUGCUACCUUCCUUGGACAAUUUCCUGUCAUAUGGAGCUGAUGUUUUCAAAGGACGCCCUGAUUAUCGUGUCAAGGUCUUCGACAUCUAUCAGACCGCCAUGACUAGCCAGCACCUAGGCGACAAUGACAGAAUUAAUGCGUGCAAGUUAGCAGAGUCUAUUCUACUCAAUCUUCAGGGUCACGUAGACGAUUUAUUGCAAGGCAUUAUUCGGACCGCCUUUGACAAUUUGGAUGGAGGAAAUGGCUACUCUUUCAAGCUCGCAAACAUGGAGGUCCUCAUUAAUACCGUGUACUACAAUUCUACGGCUGCAUUGCAUCUGCUGGAGAACUACAAGCCCGGUUCUUCUCGCGUGUUCUUUGACAGAUGGUUCGCUAUCAUCAAUGUCGAUAGCAAGUUGCCUACGGUACACGAUAAGAAGCUGAGCAUCCUCGCGCUGUGCAAAUUGCUUGAGGUCGAUAUCUCCCUCGUCCCUGAAAUACUCAAAGGCGGCUGGCCUGGUAUUGUCACUGGUGCUUUGAAUAUCUUCAAGAGCUUGCCUCAGGCGGUAGCGAAGCGUAAAGCCCUUGAGGAGAGGCUCGUUGAGGAAGAUGACGAUGACGGCGAAGAUGACUCCAAGUACUUGAACCUCGAAGGAGAGGAAGACGAUGACGUUUGGGACGAAGAUUCUGCGUACUUGGAAAUGCUGGCCGCUGAGGGCGCGCGUUUGAGGGAAAUCUCCGAGAAGCGCGCUGUCGAUGUUGCAGACGUAUCCGAUGUUUCAGAAGAGUCGGAAAUCGAAGAAGAACUAGGCUUCUUCAGCUUGCUCGAUGCCAUUAACCCCUAUAUCACGUUCAAGCAUGCUCUAGAAAAUUUACAAAGGAGGAACCCCGCACUGUACCAAGCUGCAACCACGAUGUUGACCGUCGAACAGCAAACCGUUCUGAUGGAAGUUAUGACAGUAGCCGAGUCCCAAAACACCACAGAAUGAAUUCGAGCAAGAUUGUUCACGACUUGUCACGAUGAUUUGAUGUAGCUAGCCUUUUUUUCUCGUCACCCUUCAUUCGUUUCCACGAUACAUGCAAGAAUAGUAUGCGGAGGGGGGUGACUUUCGACUUAAUGGUACUAGGUUGCUCUGCGAUAAUUAUCACGGGAUUAGCCAUCAGGAACAUACUACCUCCAGCAACGACCCUGUCGAGAUAACCAUACAUUGGCCAGCUCAAACAUCGUUUGCCGCCGUACCCACGGAACAGCGUUUGUGAAAUGGACACGACGGGUGUGUGAUAAGCACAAGCUUACAUGGUGCUGCAGACUUACUCACCCAUAUGGACAACUCGAGUGCCAAC